CCCGCGCAGUUGCGGCCUGUCGUCUCCCGGGGCUGCGGCGAGCCCGGCCGGCCAGCAUCCCCACCCUGCGCGCUCCCUCUCCCUCGCGAGCUGCGUCAGGCGCCGCGGCUGCCCCGGCCCGGGAAAGCGAAACCAAAGCGGGCCCUUCCACUCCCCGCCUGCCGGCCGGGUGCAGGGCGGCUGCGCUCGCCCAGCCGCGGAGCCGGGAGCCUCGCGCACCGGCCGGGCCGCGGGCGUCCGACUGUCCCCGGUCUACCGGCCGCUACUGCGGCGGCCGCUCCUCCCUCCUUCCUUCCCGUCCCGUGGCCGGCCAGGCCCGUGAGCCGCGCGCAGAAUGGGCAGGUGCUGCUUCUACGCGGUGGGGACGCUGUCCCUGCUCCUGCUGGUGACCAGCGUCACGCUGCUGGUGGCCAGAGUCUUCCAGAAGGCCGUGGACCAGACGAUCGAGAAGAAUAUCGUGUUAAGGAAUGGUUCUGAGACUUUUGACUCCUGGAGGAAGCCCCCUCUGCCUGUGUACUCCCAGUUCUAUUUCUUCAAUGUCACCAAUCCAGAGGAGAUCCUCAGAGGGGAGAUUCCUCGAUUGGAAGAAGUGGGGCCAUACACCUACAGGGAACUCAGGAACAAAGCAGAUAUUCAAUUUGGAGAUAAUGGAACAACAAUAUCUGCUGUUAGCAACAAGGCCUAUGUUUUUGAACGAGGCAAGUCUGUUGGAGACCCUAAAAUUGACUUACUUAGAACAUUAAAUAUUCCUGCAUUGACGGCCAUGGAAUGGGCCCGGCUCCCGCUCCUCCGCGAGGUCAUCGAAGCCUUGUUGAAGGCCUAUCAGCAGAAGCUCUUUGUGACGCGCACGGUCCAUGAAUUGCUCUGGGGCUACAAAGAUGAGAUCUUAUCCCUCAUCAACGUUUUCAAACCUGAUAUCUCUCCCUAUUUUGGCCUGUUCUAUGGGAAAAAUGGGACUAAUGAUGGAGACUAUGUCUUUCUAACCGGAGAGGACAAUUACCUUAAUUUUUCCAAGAUUGUGGAAUGGAAUGGGAAAACGUCACUUGACUGGUGGACAGCUGACGAAUGCAAUAUGAUCAAUGGAACUGAUGGAGAUUCUUUUCACCCAUUAAUCACCAAAGACGAAGUCCUUUAUGUCUUCCCAUCUGACUUUUGCAGGUCAGUUCAUAUAAUUUUCAGUGACUAUGAGCGCGUACAGGGACUUCCUGCCUUGCGGUAUAAGGUGCCUGCAGAAAUAUUAGCCAAUACCUCAGACAAUGCUGGCUUCUGUAUCCCUAAAGGAAACUGCCUGGGCUCAGGAGUUUUGAAUGUCAGCGUCUGCAAGAAUGGUGCACCUAUUAUCAUGUCUUUCCCACACUUCUACCAAGCAGAUGAGAAGUUUGUUUCUGCCAUAGAAGGCAUGCAUCCAAAUAAGGACUAUCAUGAGACAUUUGUGGACAUUAAUCCUUUGACUGGAAUUAUCCUAAGAGCAGCCAAGAGGUUCCAAAUCAACGUUUAUGUCAAGAAGUUAGAUGACUUUAUUGAAACAGGAAACAUUAGAACCCUGGUUUUCCCAGUGAUGUAUAUCAAUGAGAGUGUUCUCAUUGACCAAGAGACUGCAAGUCGACUGAAGUCUGUGAUUAACACGACUUCCAUCAUCAUCAACAUCCCCUACAUUGUCAUGGCGCUGGGUGUGUUCUUUGGUCUGGUCUUCACCUGGCUUGCGUGCAGAGGACAGGGAUCCAUGGAUGAGGGAACUGCAGACGAAAGAGCGCCCCUCAUACGAACCUAACGGUCGGCUGCACUUGGUGAAGGAAGCAAGGGAGCUGUCGUGACCUGGACCACAGCGUGGGGCAACUGUCUGCGUCCUCACCGGCAUGUCACCUGGUGUGAGAGGAGAGAGGAGACCCUGUGCUGGCGUGUGAUGAGGGCCGUCGGGCAGAGGGCCAAGAGCAGGCUGACAUGGUUGGCCGUUAGGCUUUACAAGAUCCUGUGGUCCCUGACAAACUAUUUUGUUCUUCACGUGUCUAGCAAGUAUUUAAUAAAUUCUUGUAUAGUAAUUUUUCCAUUGUUGGGUGCUGGUAGCUCCAGAAUUUUGUGACCACUGUCGUGGUUAUAAUGUCUCCACAUCCCUUGUUAAUGCUACCUGAUCUAACCUUAUUCAGUAUGUUUCACUCACCAGACUUUGUGCUCAAAAUGCAUAAGUACUAUUUCAAGUUGUUUUCCUCCAUGCACCGCAUCCUCAAGAGACAAAAAGAGUUCGGAAUGCAGGGUAAAAUACUAAAACUCAUUCAGUACCAUUCAAAUGCACCUAAUUUCCUCUUUUGAAAAGGGACAUUAGUGUUUCUUACUAAUCUUUAGUUCAUAAUUCCUCCAGGAAAUAAUUUAGUCUUCUGAUGACUUUCAUAUAGGUUAGGAAUUAAGCAGGGAAGGGGUUGGGUGGGGUGAGAUGUGCAGUGGGGUGGUACCUGUGAGUUGAUAGUGAUAAACACCUGAGGAUAUUUUUACUAUUCUUUUGUGAAUUGAGAGAAUGCAUAAAUAAUGUUGGUGAGGACAAGUACAGAUAUUUCAUAUAUAGAAUAGAAUGCUAAUUAUGACAUUUGUGAAUAGUUUGUUAUUUUUUCAGUCAAACUGAUCUUGACGUGGAAAGGCAUUUCUGGGAGAAUGUAAUCAGUGACUGGUAUUUUUUCUUCCCUCAAUCACCCUUACCAAAUAUGACUGUAUUAAUUAGAAUACUCUUGAGUGAUUAUUUGUAAAGUUACUUAUGAACAUAGGAAAUUCAUCUAUCCACAGCGUAAGUUACAAUUAAAUUUCAGGAAGUCUGACUACACUAAAGAGACAUUUCUUCCAGGACACUCUUCUUGGUAACUUUGGAGUUGUUUUUAUAAGUUGUUAUUCUUUCCUCAGAUUCAGUUUGUUCUGAUAUUUUGUGGCUCACUGAAUAGAAAAAAAAAUGUGCCCUGUACUUCCUGUGACAGUCAUUCUGCUGACAGAGUGACAGUGUUGUUUUAAAAUACUGCACAGGAAGUGCUUUUAAGAAAAGUUCCGUGGGACCAGAAGCAGAGCCACCUCUCUUUAGACCUCUUAGCUUUCAGUGUAACCCAAAUCAGAGGAUUGGGAACCAUGAUGUCACAGAAUUCAAGCAUAUUUAAGGGCAUUGUAUUUGAUUCUUAAUGUUCAUUAUUCAUUUUUGAUUGAGAAGCCUGUACAGUUAUCUGGCAAAGAGCACAGAGAAUUUCUUAACCACUGAAUCAUUCUACAGGAUUUUUUGUUUAAAAAUUGGAUUUCAGUACAAGCAAAUGAAUGAAAAAGGCCACAGAUUUUACAAACAUAGCUUCUGAUCCCUCUGGGGAGGUAAUAAAUCACUUUAGUUUCCUUGCCUCAAUUUUCCCACUCUCUACACUAAGGCAAUAUGUAAUAUGUUUCCCUUUUUGAAGGGACAGUUCAGUAAAGUCUCAAUUUCUCUAUAAAUUAAGAUAAAACCUAUAGAUAUCCGAAAUCACCAAAGAGUGAAAAACUAAAUUGAAAAUAUUUUAUCUUCAAUAAUGCCAAAUAUCUGUAUUUUUAAAAUUUAUCAAUAUUUAAUGAGAUAAUUGGCAUAUCUUAUUCUUGUUUAUAUCCACUUAUUAACACUAAUGAAACUAGUAAGUCAGUGCAUUCUCAUUGGUUCAUUCCAUUACCAGGAUAUAAUCAUCUGUGAGGUGGUCAUUUUUAAAUACUAUGAAUGAUAAUGUAGCAGUUAGUGAUGUACACCUUUAGAAUGAAUCCGCAUGGCCAGGGAGACUGAAAACAUUGUUUCCAUGUGAUUCUUAAUAGUUACUUGGCUUAAAAUAUCACUUUUGAUAUUUUCCUUCUGAAAAGUCUGUGGCAAAAGCAUACACUGCAGUCAAGAUUAUAGGUUGCUUAAGAAGAAUGAAUGUACCUAUUUGGUUUUAGUUUAAAAAUAACAAACUGUUCCUCAUGCUAGUUUUCUUAGAGCUGUUAUCCUGGAAAGGCCCCCAAAGUUUUUGAGAUUGUCACAGUCAUUGAAUACAGCGUCCUCUACUGUGAUACUCAAUUUAGGGAGAAACCAAACUGAGAGAGGUCGCCUCGCUUCUCUCAAGGAAACUAGGGAGCUGACACAGGACAGGAAAUGGGCUUUUCCCACUAGACUUUACUUCCUCAUGUUCUAGAAAGAUCACUCAUGGUCAGGGGGAGCAAGUGCUAUAUGACUAACUUUUAUUGGGGUUUUUACUUACAGGAGGCUAACUUUUUAAUUUCAAUUGCUUAAGAUAAAAGUUCUGCAAAAGGUGACCUUCAUCCUCAGCCUUCUGGGCAUUGUCACUGGGAUUAAUUGCUUGUGGCUGUUAAAGAGAAUACUCACCAGAAUAUUCUUCAUGUAGUUUAUAUGGCUGGUCCUUUCAUGUGAUUCUUGAUAUGUUUAUUUCUAUCCUUAAUGCAAUGAAAUACUUCACUAAUAAAAAAGCGGUUUCUAUGAAA